AUGACGUACUGGGCGGCGGAGGGUGGCGGACGACGACGAACGCGACGGUGGCACCACACGUUUGUGCGCUCGACACGGUCGCGUCGGUCGCCGCGCUGCCGCGAUGGCCGGCGGACGGGCGGGCGGGCAGGCAGCCAGCCAGGCAGCCAGCAGGCCGGCGGGCCACACGCGCUGUGCUUCCGUCGUCAGUCUGUUCUGUGCUGUGCGGUGUGCUGUGCUGUGGUCGGUGUGCGUGUAUUCGAAGAGGCGAGCCAGCCAGCGAGCAAGCGUGCGUGCUUUGCGGUGUGUACAACACGUAUGAUGUUGUCGCCGAUUAUCACUAAAGACAUGAAGCUGUUCCCAAGUCGUCCACUACCAGCCGGCAUUAAGAACGUCCGUAGUCGAGCACAAAGUCUCGACCAUUUCAAUCAGAUGCAGAGUAGUGGCAGUGCACGUGGUCGUGUUGUCACGGUAAAACCACGUAGUUCUCAGUCGACUGGCAAUCUGCCAGCGUUUGCAGCAUCUUCGACUUCAGGCUCGAUGACGUCACGCAGUCCACCGAAAACGAUCGUACAUCGCAAGACCACGUUGACUGCUAUACAGGAAGGCGUUGAGAUGGGUCACAAUCAUCAUCAUCCGAAUCCGAAUGCGAAUGCGAAUGCGCUACGUGACGAUCGACAUACGGAAAGGUGA